CGCGAACAUGGCGAAGACCUACGAUUACCUGUUCAAGCUGCUGCUGAUCGGCGACUCGGGCGUGGGGAAGACGUGCGCGCUCUUCCGCUUCUCCGAGGACGCCUUCAACGCCACCUUCAUCUCCACCAUCGGGAUUGACUUUAAAAUCCGAACCAUCGAGCUGGACGGGAAGAGGAUCAAGCUGCAGAUCUGGGACACGGCGGGGCAGGAGCGGUUCCGGACCAUCACAACCGCCUAUUACCGGGGAGCCAUGGGCAUCAUGUUAGUCUAUGACAUCACCAAUGAAAAGUCUUUUGAAAACAUCCGGAACUGGGUCAGGAAUAUUGAAGAGCACGCCUCUCCUGAUGUGGAGAAGAUGAUCCUUGGGAACAAAUGUGAUGCAAAUGACAAAAGACAAGUUUCCAGAGAGCAAGGGGAGAAGCUUGCUGCAAGUUUUGGGAUUAAAUUUAUGGAGACCAGUGCAAAAGCAAAUAUAAACAUAGAGAAUGCAUUUUUCACCCUUGCAAGAGAUAUCAAAGCAAAAAUGGACAAGAAGUUGGAAGGCAAUAGCCCCCAGGGCAGCAACCAGGGAGUCAAAAUCACCCCAGACCAGCAAAAGAAAAGCAGCUUUUUCCGUUGUGUUCUCCUGUGAGGGACUUGGCCUUAACCUGAGCAUCUGCUCAACCCAGCUGGACUGUGCCUGUUCUGAGUGAGAUUUCCUCUGUCUGUGGACUUCAUGUUUUCAGCAAACUUUUGUCACUUUGUGACCAUCUGGAUAAGAAAUUGUUUAUUUUAGUAACUGUCUGACUCUUCAGUUUUGGAGACGAAACCAGUUUAUUUUUGUCAGAUUGCCACUGGGCACGUGUGUUGUCUAGCAGAGGAGGACAGGCCCAGGUGACCUGUGGUACAGCACCUUUGCUGACAGGCUUCAACCUCCCUGCUCCUGCCUGUGAUGUGUCCCAGUUAGUGAGUUAGGAUCAAAAGAAGAAACUUGACUGCCAAUAUUCAUAAAGUACAGGUAGAUGUGCAUAGCCGGGUCUGUAGAUGCAGGUAGAACAUCUGGCAUCAGAACAUCUAAUACAUGCACUUCCAUCAGCAGUACAGGCUUAUACCUUUUCAGAAGGUAGAAAGAAGCUUUCUGCAUCUCCACCUCUCUGCUACUAAGAGAAGAUCCUUUACCUGCCUGUCCUGUAUUCCAUUGUGUUGUUCUAGACAAUCCACAAGAACAAUUGAAGUUUAAAAACAGAAACAAAAUCCUCCUCGAAGGAAUCUCUAUUUUUGUAAAAAACCAAAGUGUGCUGUAAAUACAAUGAAACGUCAGCAUCAGGAAUUACUUUCUCCAUGUUAGACUUGACUGUGGUUGAUUAAAUACACCAGAAUGUAGAGGUGUUUAACAGGGGAUGAUGACAGCAGCGAGUCCUGGGCAAGUGUGACCUGUUCCUGGGGGAGCCCACCCUGGCUGGGCAGGGACACGGACUCAGUGUCCCAACUUCUACUUGAGAACGACUCCCGAUCUGUCAUGAUGUAGUAGCUAGUUAUAAAUCGUGACAAGAAAAUGUAUUGCACUGCUUCCAGUUGUGUGUUCUCAUGCACACUUGCUCACUUAUGCAAAUAAAUGUUGCACAGACGAACACUUCCUGAAGACAGACUCUUCCAGGAGGAGCUUUGCCCUGCUGCUGGGCACCCGGCGCUUGGGAUUUCGAGCAGCACCAAGUUGGUUGUAACCUGCACCCAUGCAAUGAUGGUUGGGCCUCUGGAAAGAGUCCGUGUAUUUAUUCCUAGAAACACAGUCUAGUACAUUCCGAUGUAUAAAAUGUAAGGGCCAAGUGAAGCUCCUAGGUAGCUAAUUGCCUUGAGCCUGACUUAAUUAGACUGACAGAAGGAGCCAGUAAGAGCCACCUACUUCAGAGUCUGCUGUGGAGUGGUGGGAGUGAGGGUGUGUUUCCUGCAGAUGAACCUAUCAGCUGUGUCCUGCAACUCACUGGAAUUGUUAAUAUGCUUUGUUUACAUUGACAACUGCACUUAAGGGUAAAAUUAAAGUUGAUUUUAAAGUUAA